AUUUAAAACCAAUUUUAAGUCAUUCAAUAGUGUUGUAGUUUUGUUCAGCGACAAUAUUGUUAUUGUUUGAUUUUCUACCCUUCGUCCUCGUUUCUAUUUUGUUCUAUUGUAUUUCUUCCAAAAUCCUACGAAGAUCUAAACUUUCUAAGCACAUUAGCACAGGCAAAAUGUAUCUAGCUUGCAAGUUUCAAACAAAUUGGGAACCAUUUAUGAGUGACACAGUGAAUUGAUGCAGAAAAACCCCAGUUGAAGUCCAUGCUAAGGUUCCCAAACCAAACCUCCGGCUAAACCAUUUGAUUGAGGCAAUAUUAAAUUAAUACGAAUCUUUUAGGAGAAAACUUUUUGCUUAGUCAAUAAAUCACAAUUUGACUUCGAAAUUCCGUUAAAAAAAUUAGUGUCACAGUUCUGAGCUGUCAGAUUUGGGCAAUUUGUUAUUUUAUUGUAAUGCAGCUUUGUUAAUGUAAAUUCUUCAUAAUUCAUUUGUGAUUCAUAUAAAUCUUGUGAAAAUGUUAAUACCGACGUGUGUAAUCAAAUUCUUUGAAUUAAUGCUGGCAGUGUCCUGCCUGGUUCUCCACCACUACAGCUAUGACCUCACAGACGUGCCUACACUCAUGCUUUGUUCCGGAACCUACAUUGGCUACGUCGUCGUUUUAUCUGGAGAAAUCAUAGGAGAGAUGAUAUUCGCGCCCUUGGACCUGGUUCAAGACAUGUACUUUGGGAUCCUGGGCAUCGGUCUCUUCACAGUUAGCGGGGGGCUGGUGCUCUCCUCAAGGGUCAAGCCGGCUGCUUACCCUCGGACUGGUGACCACACGGCAGCCAUGAUUGCUGGAUCCUUGGCUAUUACCAACGCCUUCAUCAUGCUGUUCGAUUUGAGCCUGGCGUACCUGGAUUCGGAGGAAUUUGAUGAGGAGAGUGUGUGAUGUCAGGCGAGGCGGUGUCAGCAGCAGCAGACGCGUACAUAGACGCGUGGUGGUCUGCCUCCGGUGGGCUUCUUUUCGGCGCGUGCGGCGCGCUCACGCUCCGCUCCUGGAAAGAUAUCCCACACUGCCUGCGCCGGAACCACGCGCAAGCUACAGCUGUUUGCUCGCUGGCUACCGCUGCUUUACUCACCAUAGAUGCACUGCUUGCGGCUUGUUCUGCUCACAAGGAUGACACCAGCACGAGGACUAAGCCUAAGAAACCGGUCACUACCUGCUCGUGAUU